ACCCCAGAGGGAAGAUUGAGUUUAAACUUGAAACGACGGCCAGCAAAAUGGCGGAAGGUGUGCUGCCGUUCGUUCGUGGUCUUGAUUUGACCAAAAAUGACUUCAAGAAGCUGGAUUUUCCCAAGCGGGUGGCAGACAUGCCAAAUUUACGGUGGUUGAAGUUGAACCAAACUGGAUUGGAAUGUCUUCCAGACGAGUUAUCUCACCUGAUGAAGCUGGAGCAUUUAUCUUUAAAGGAAAACAAUUUAGCAAGCAUCCAUGGAGACUUGUCAACUCUCUCUCACUUAAGGGUAAUUAAUGCACGUAAGAACCAGCUCAAGAAUUCUGGAAUUCCUGCGGAUAUAUUUGGCCUUGAUGAUCUUCUUACCAUUGUAAGUCAUCUUUCUAUAUAGAUCCUGAAUAACAAUCCACUUCUCCAUGCACAACUGAGACAACUCCCUUCUCUAACCCAGCUCCACACUCUUCACUUGAGGAACACGCAGAGAACAAUAACAAAUAUGCCAAACAAAUUGGAAGGCCUUGUCAAUCUAACAGAUCUGGAUCUUUCAUUUAAUGAUCUACCGAGAGUUCCUGAGCCAGUGUACCUGAUUGCCAGCUUGAAAAGAGUCAAUUUGUCACACAACCUGAUCACUGAAGUGUCCACGCUCAUAGAUACGUGGACACAAGUAGAGACAUUGAACUUAUCAAGGAAUCAACUUACAGGAAUUCCAGCUGCACUUUGCAAACUUGUGGCCCUCAAGAGAUUGUUUAUUAAUGGAAACAACAUCAACUUUGAAGGACUACCCACUGGAAUAGGAAAACUGUACAACCUGGAAGUUUUCAUGGCAGCAUGUAAUAAAUUGGAGUGCAUCCCAGAAGGGCUGUGUAGGUGCCUGAAGUUACGCAAGCUGAUUCUUCAUACAAAUUGUUUGUUUACUCUGCCGGAGGGAAUACAUUUUCUGACAAAUUUAGAGGAACUUGAUGUCCGGAACAAUCCAGAACUGGAGAUGCCUCCAAAGCCUGUCCCUGAUGAGCUUGGGAGUGGACCAGAGUUCUACAAUGUAGACUUCACAUUACAAACCCAGCUAAGAAUGGCCACUGGGGCCCCCCCACCACCACUGCCCAACAAAGAUGCUUAUGCAAGAAAGAUGCGAAUGAGAGGAAGACGAUACCAGAGCCAGUCAGAGGAAUUAAAGGGUAUGGUAGAAGAUGCAGAGGAGAAGAAAGUCUCAGGAAAGAACAAGAAAUUGGGUAAAAAGCAAGACUCAGAUGAGCCUGAGAAACUUUUAAAAGGUAGAAAGUGGAAUGAGGCAUUGGUGAAACCCAAUCUGGAUUAUCAUGAUUUCUUUAAUGAUGACACUGGCCAAGAACCUGGUCUGGUGGUGUGGCAAAUUGAAAAUUUCUUGCCAGUUUCUGUUGAUGAAUUGUUCUAUGGAAAGUUUUAUGAAGCUGACUGCUACAUUGUUCUUAAGACUAGUUUUGAUGAUACAGACCAGUUGUUUUGGCAAAUAUUUUACUGGAUUGGAAAAGAAGCCUCACUAGACAAGAAGGCUUGUUCAGCUAUCCAUGCUGUAAAUCUAAGAAAUUUUCUUGGUGCUGAGACAAGGACUGUGCGAGAGGAACAGGGUGAUGAGUCAGAGGAAUUCUGUGAACUGUUUGAAAAUGGCCUCAGUUAUGUUGAGGGUGGUACAGCCAGUGGAUUUUACACUGUCGAAGAUCCGAUCUACCCUACAAGGCUUUUCAGGAUUCUUAAUCAGUCGAAAGUACAACUUGAACCAGUGGAAGUGAGCACUUUAUCUCUGGAUCCAACUUUCUCAUUUGUACUUGAUGCUGGACUUAAGAUCUUUAUCUGGUCUGGAGCAAGGGCAAAAGGAACAAUGAAAACAAAAGGAAGUCAGGGAGAUGAACCUGCCGAAUUUUGGAGAAUCCUUGGUGGUCGUCCAUCAGGUGCCAUCACGGAAAGACCAGAAUAUAAUGAACCACCUCCCGUACCCAUUCUGUACCAAGUGGCAUUAGGACUGGGCUACUUGGAGCUUCCACAAGUGGAUACUAAUGGUGGAAAAUUGAGCACAAAAAUGCUUGAAAAUAAGAAUGUGUAUAUUUUGGAUUGUCAUUCUGAGAUUUUUGUUUGGAUUGGUCGUAAAUCAGCUCGUCUUGUACGUGCUGCAGCAAUGAAGCUCUCUCAGGAGCUUUACACUAUGAUUGACCGUCCACAAUUCACAGUUCAGAUACGUAACCUUCAGGGGGCUGAAUCCCAAAUGUUUAAAGCUCGCUUUAUUGGAUGGGAUGAUGUGCUUGCAGUGGAUUAUACUCUCAGUGCUGAUUAUGUCGCAAAGGCCUCAAAACAGCUGGGAGUCACUAACAUAACUACAAAGGAAGCACAGGCUAAACUCCAGAAGGUUGCAAAGGUUGAUCUGUCUGCCUUGUUCACUACUCGCCAACAGCCCAUCCCUAAUAAUGAGCAGGAACAAUAUGUGGAAGAAUGGAAUGAAGACCUAGAUGGUAUGGAGUGGUUUGUUCUGGAAGGGAGAAAAUUUGUCCGUCUUCCUGAAGAAGAAAUAGGACAUUUUCACACUGGAGACUGCUAUGUGUUCUUGUGUCGUUACUGGGUGCCAGUUGAACAGCCCGAGGGAGAGGAGGAUGACGAUGAACCAGUGGAACAAGAGGAAGACUUUCAAUGUGUUGUGUACUUCUGGCAGGGAAGGGAUGCAAAUCAGAUGGGUUGGCUGACAUUUACUUUCAGUCUUCAGAAGAAAUUUGAGAUGUUAUUUGGUGAAAAACUAGAAGUAGUGAAGACACAGCAGCAACAAGAAGCCCCAAGAUUUUUAGCUCAUUUCAAAGGAAAGUUCAUCAUUCAUAAGGGAAAACGCAAGGAGCCAGUUAAACCAGAAGAAAAGAAUAAGGCUCAGUUCUACCAUAUCCGCUCCAGUGGUGGCAUUCUGGCCAAGAGAGUGAUUCAGAUUGAAACUGAUGCUAGACAUCUGAACUCUGAAUUCUGCUACAUCUUGAAAGUUCCAUUUGAAAAUUACUCUGAAGAUGGAAUCAUUUAUGUAUGGAUUGGCAGCAAAGUCACAGAAAGUGAAGCUGAUCAUGCCAAGGAACUCGGAAACGAAAUCUGGGAUAGUGGCUACACAGUUCAAAUUGUUAAUGAAGGAAAUGAACCAGAGAACUUCUUCUGGGUGGGUCUUGGAGGAAAGAAAGACUAUGAUAAGUCUGCAGAAUACAUCAACUAUGCUCGUUUGUUCCGCUGCUCUAAUGAGAAGGGGUACUUUUCAGUCUCUGAAAAGUGUUCUGAUUUUUGUCAGGAUGACCUGGCAAGUGAAGAUGUCAUGAUUCUUGACACUGGACAUGAGGUAUAUGUUUGGAUGGGACCUCAGUCCAGUGAUGUCGAAAGGAAAAUGGCCAUCAAAAGUACACAGGUUUAUAUUCAGCAUCUUAUGCAGCUUGACAGUGGUCCCAUCAGGAAGCUGCGCUGCACCUUCAGAGGGAAAGAACCACACCACUUCACCAGAUGCUUCCAUGGUUGGGGCCAGUUUCAUGAUCCAAAAAUGUAAAAUUUUGCAAUUUAGUUGCCUUGUGCCACAGGGAAAGGACUUCGACAAUUAAGCCAUCUUUGGACACAAUGGAUUUGUCUCUUACACUUUUUCCUGUGAAGAAAAAUUGUCUAGUAUGGAAAGUUUGUGGACAGGAAUCAACGUUAAACAGCGGUAGGAAUGCUUAGAUUCUGCAAGCAACAUUCUUCACCUUUGGACAAUGUGGUGCUGAAUACCAUUCUGCAGGAUCAAUAAUCAUUAAAAAACAAAUGUGCAGCCAAGAGUCAGCAAAAUGUGGAGAAAUGCUGGUGGUAAUUUGGGAGGUACUUGUCAACAGUACUUUCAAAUCCAGUUGACUUGGCAUCAUAUUUACACUGGCAAGAACAAGUUCUUUCAGUUUUGCCAAACCUGAUAACUAGAAAGUACUUCAAGUGUCAAAAUGAUUAUUUAAAACUCCUCAACUUGAAACAUGUUUCUACCAUUAAUUUCUUUUAAAAAACAAACAGUUUUGUAUUGAUUAUCAUAAAGUAAGAAAUGACUUUCAUUAAAUUGAUCUUUAUUGAUAACAAAAUGAAGUUACUUUUGUUGAGAAGGUUAAUAAACCUUCUAUGUAGAGAUUUACUAACAAGCAUGUAGAUAUUUCUAUGACAGUGUAAUAAAUUGAACGUAGAAAGUUAGGAGCCUCUGAAGCUGUAUAAAUAGAAAAACUUCAAAGGAUCUCUUUGGUCUAUUGUAUAUAAGUAUGAUUUAUUUUGUUGCUACACACAAUUAUUUUUGCUGUUUUGUAUUUAUUCACAUGCACAUGAUUUAUGACAGAAUAUUUUAACCUAUAAAAAUAAUACAACUCAAUCCCAUUAAUCAGCCAGGUUUUUUAAAAUUUCCUCACAGCCUGACGCCAAACCUAUCAUACUGCCAAACUUGUCAGUACUAGUAAUUACAAACAAAUUAAAAAUGAUAAAAUUACUUUA